CGAGAAUUAACACGUAGUUCGGUAGCCCUGCACUGCCUUGCUAACCUUACUAUCAUUUUAGUACAUUGCCGUCGCGAUUUGGCGGCGAGUAUAAAUAUCUAAAUAUGUAUUUUUAUUCUGUCAGAAACGUGUUUCUGUACAAUAUUUCGGAAUAACAUGGACCAACCAGAAAUAUUGUCCGAGUGCAUUGUUAAAAUAGAAAGCGUACCCGACGAUGAAGCUGAAGAGAAAGCCUCUAAUUCCACAGAAAGUUGGGAGCCAUACUCCUUGAAGAGGAUCAUGAGGAGGGGAAUGGGCUGGUAUUAACAUUUUCCCCUCAAUUGAUAUAGUAACCUGGGACUGCCCGCAGGAGAUUUGUGAGGCCCGAGCCAUAACAAUUUUAUGUUCUUGAAUUAUUCCGAUGCAUUUGUUGUCUGAUAUUUCAUGUAUUAUUUCAUUGUACUUUACUUUUCUGAGAAUGCCUCGCCGUUUUCUUCUUUCGCUGAAUCAUUUACCGUGAACAUGUUAAAGAUUGAUCACUGUGCUGCUCAGUAUCUGUCAGUUAUGUUGCGUGCAUUGUGAGCUCCUUGCUUAUGGGGUAUGCAUCAUGGCAUUGUUUUCAGUUGUCUCUGUGACAAGUACCUAUACAGAGAAUGUAGGCAUUUGUCUUAUUUAGGAUUGAGUGUCACAAUGUUUUCCUAAAGAGAAAGACGUGCUGGAGAGGUCUGUGAAUGAAUACAAAUUGGAAAAAAGACAAACUUUCUAUAUAUUUUUGUGACAAAUGUAAAACACACAUUUGUUUAGAACAUGUCAAAAUCAUUUGUGGAAAUUGCAUUUAAUAUUAUUUAAUAAGAUGUUUAAUGAUUUUUGCGUGUGUUUUGUCAAUUUUUACUUAUGUCACCAUAAGUAUUCAGACAAGGUUUUUGCAGUGUAGGAUAACAAUUGCACUGGGGAGAUGUACAAACUAAAUAAAAUACAUAUUUCAGUAAAUAGAGCUUCAGAUCAUUGGCAUUCACAAAAAGUCGCAGCUAUAUCCGAGAGAUACAUUGCGAGCAUUGGCGUGAGUCUACCUAUUGCUGGCUCUCCCGGGUUAAACUCCCAAGUAUUUAAAAUGUGUGAUUAAA